CCAUUCUCGGAUAUAUUUGACGUUUUGUUGGUCUUAAGUUGAGAAUUUUAUCAAACAAUGCAGAAUACAUAGCCUUUAUCCAUAUUUAGUCAAAUAUCCGUGUCUGUAUCGCUCUGUAUUUGUUGCGCAGUAGAGCGACACCCACGGAAGUGAUCAAGAUGGGAAGAAUUGACGACAUGACGCAAUGUCCCAGCGCCUGGCAACAUACGCCGAGUGAUUCAUCCUGAACCACAGAGAUGGCUUAGCUAGUUUGCUAGUUUACUCUAUGAUAAACAUGACUCCGACUCGGAUAAAUGUGAACCUAUCUAUUUUACGCUCAUAAUACUCUUGUUUAUAUCAUACAACCAUCCAACCAUGAAGCUGAUCCAUAAAGACAUUGAAAAAGAUAAUGCCGGUCAGGUGACUCUGAUGCCAGAGGAGGCAGAGGAUAUGUGGCACACCUACAACCUGCUGCAAGUGAGGGACAGCCUGAGAGCCUCCACUAUCAGGAAGGUGCAGACAGAGUCCACCACUGGAAGCGUGGGCAGCUCCAGAGUUCGCACUACUCUUACUAUAUGUGUGGAGACGAUCGACUUUGACUCCCAGGCCUGCCAGCUGAGAGUAAAGGGCACUAACAUAGAGGAGAACCAGUAUGUCAAGAUGGGGGCUUACCACACUAUUGAGCUUGAGCUUAACAGGAAGUUCACUUUAGCUAAAAAAAACUGGGACAGUGUUGUGCUGGAUAGAAUCGAGCAGGCAUGUGAUGCAACCCAGAAGGCAGAUGUGGCAGCUGUGGUAAUGCAGGAGGGUCUGGCCAACCUGGUGCUGGUGACACCCGCCAUGACUCUGCUCCGUGCAAAAGUGGAGGUCACCAUUCCUCGCAAGAGAAGAGGAAGCUGCACUCAGCACGAGAAGGCGCUGGAGAGGUUCUAUGAGGCUGUGAUGCAGGCGAUUCUUCGGCACAUCAAUUUUGAUGUGGUGAAGUGCUUCCUGAUUGCCAGUCCAGGGUUUGUGAGGGACCAGUUCAUCACUUACCUCUUUAAAGAGGCAGUGCGGCAGGACAACAAGAUCCUGCUGGAGAAUCGCCCCAAAUUCAUGCUGGUCCACUCGUCUUCGGGUCAUAAGUACUCACUCAAAGAAAUCCUCUCUGAUCCCACAGUGACAAGCAGGCUUUCUGACACAAAGGCAGCAGGAGAGGUGAAAGCCCUAGAGGAUUUCUAUAAGAUGCUCCAGCAUGAGCCUGACAGAGCUUUCUAUGGAGUGGCUCAUGUGGAGAAAGCUGCUGAUGCCCUUGCCAUCGACACUUUGCUGAUAAGUGAUAAGCUGUUCAGACAUCAGGACGUCCCCACGAGGAGUCGUUACGUUCGGUUGGUGGACAGCGUGAGAGACAAUGGCGGCAAUGUCAGAAUAUUCUCAAGCCUUCAUGUGUCUGGUGAACAACUGACUCAGCUGAGCGGAGUGGCUGCCAUCCUGCGGUUUCCCAUCGCCGACCUAUCAGAGGGCGAGGAUGACAGUAGCUCAGAUGAAGACUGAUCCCCAGAAUUGGACCACAGAGGAAAAAUCAUUUGGAGAAAAGAAGGUGGUCGUCCAUUGUUGCAGAUAACACAAGACUGCGUUGACUCAGUGUGUUAUAAAACAAUAAAGCUGCUGUGUUAUGGUCUAUGUAUUCCACCUCUGCAAUAUCCACACAUCUCUCAGACCUAAUUAACACACCUGCUUUUCUAAAGUGGCCAUAAUAUCACAUAAUUAGAUGAAGUUUUUGUUUUGAGGUGAGUGUCUUUGAGAUGGGGCAUGUUAAGCAAAUGCCAGAGAGCUCUUCAUAAGAAUGCCAAACAAAAGGAAUGUAAUUUGUUGCCAAGUUUCAAAUGAAAACUGUUAGUUUUAAGAAACAUUAAGCAAUAGAAAAAAAUGAUUUUUCUUUCCAAGUGUAUAUACAGUUUAUCUUUCUUGCAAUUAAACAGAAGCAUUCAA